AUGAAAGCUGAGCUGUCAUUGGAUGAGAAUGACCCAGCCUGCUUCCUGAGAACAUACAGCGUGGUCAUGGUUCUCCGUAAGGCGGCUCUCAAGCAGCUUCCAAAGAAUAAAGUCCCACGGAUGGCCGUAGCUCUUAAGAGUCUAACCCCAGCCAAUGGAGAUGCCAGUGCAGUGUUUCGAGACGCAACAGGAGAAAUCCAGGGGACAGUCCAUCAUCUCUUAUUGGAGGAGAGGGAGAGCGAGCUGAAGGCUGGUAGCGUCCUCCUGCUGCAGCAGGUUGGAGUGUUCUCACCAUCUCAUCGCAAUCAUUAUCUCAAUGUGACACCAAGUAACUUGGUGAAAAUCUAUCCACCAGCAGAAGGAAAUGAAAGUUCUCGGGUGUCUGUGGAACUAAUGGCAGAGAAGGAGGUGGAUGUGAACAGCAACGACACCCAAUCACAGCAGUGUUCUUUCUCCAGCAGAACUUUAGAACAAACACCUUUCCUGUCCUCCGGCACAAUCCAGCCUGACUUUAAUCAUCCAGCUGCAUCUCCCUUCCUGACCAGUACAGCACUUUCCAGAGCCCACCAGCCGUCACCCAGCAAAACAGAAUCAAAAGCUCCCCAGCCGGCAGUAUUUUCUGCAUCUUACAGCUCAGCACAACCCAAAGCCCCAGGUCCAGCAGCCCUUCACCAGCCUUCAUACAGGAUACAGACAAAAGCGUCAACUUUGGACUUCAGCACAGCGCAGCCCGGGACCUCUCUGGCUACAGACCAUGCAGACUGGGACAUGGAUGAUUUGGACUCUUUGUUAUGUGACCUUCCGGAGGACCCC